AUGGCACAAAAGACCGAUCCAUCUGAAGUGAGGGCGUUGAACUCAAUAUUCGAGCAAUGGGACACGCAAGCCGUGCCGGGGCUGUGGAAUAUCAGUGGAGAUCCAUGCAGUGGAUCUGCCGUUAAUGGAACUCCCUUUGAGGAUCCAGCUAAUAAUCCAUCCAUCAAAUGUGAUUGUACUUAUGAAAAAAAUACUACCUGCCACAUCACCCUACUGAAAAUUGAUCAGAAUUAUUUCACCGGUCCCCUACCAGCAUUCAUCGGCAAUAUGUCUGCGUUGACGAUAUUGUCAGUUGCCAUCAAUUCAUUCUCUGGACCCAUCCCAAAGGAGCUUGGAAACCUUAAGGAGCUAACUAUCCUGUCCUUUGAAUUUAAUAAUUUCUCUGGAACACUCCCUCCAGAACUUGGUAAUUUAGUCAAGCUCGAGAAAUUGUACAUGGAAAGCUGUGGACUCAGUGGUGAAAUUCCUUCAACAUUUGCUAAGCUCAUCAACAUGCAAAUCCUCUAUGCAUCAGACAUUCCUUUGUCAGGAAAGAUACCUGCUUUCAUUGGGAAUUGGACAAAACUAACUGUUUUGAGAUUUCAAGGGAACUCUUUUGAAGGCCCAAUACCAACCAGUUUUUCUCAACUGACUUCAUUGAAAACUCUGCGAAUCAGUGAUAUAUCUAAUGUGAGCUCCUCUCUUGAUUUUAUAAGAAAUUUGAAGAACUUGACUGAGUUAGUUCUACGGAAUGCAUUAAUCAAUGGUAGCAUUCCUUCUGAUAUUGGAGAAUAUGAAGGUUUACAGAUACUGAAUCUGGGUUUCAACAAUUUAACAGGCCAACUCCCAAGUUCUUUGUUCAACAUGAGUUCUCUUACAUACUUGUUUCUUGGAAACAAUAGCCUGUCUGGACCUCUUCCAAGCCAAAAGAGCAAUCGACUUCAGACUAUUGAUUUGUCUUACAACUAUUUAUCAGGAAGCUUUCCCCAAUGGGUAACCACAAUAUCACAACUGAACUUAGUGGUCAACAACUUCACAUUUGGGAGUUCAAACAUAACUCUUCCUGGAUUGAAUUGCCUCCAGAGGAAUUUUCCAUGCAAUCGAGAUACCCCUCGAUAUGCAAACUUCUCAAUCAAGUGUGGAGGAUCACAAAUGAGUGGAAGUGAUAGCAUAUUGUAUGAAGCUGACGACUCAGAUCUUGGCCCAGCAACAUUUAAUGUAACCAGUACACAGAAAUGGGCUGUUAGCAAUGUGGGUUUGUUUGCUGAAAAAAAGAAUCCAUCAUUUGUGCAAAACACCCUUACGCAAGUCACCGGUACAGAUGUGACCCCAGAGCUUUUCCAGAAUUCAAGGUUGUCCCCAGGUUCACUGCGAUACUAUGGCCUGGGUCUUCAGAAUGGACCUUAUACUGUAACAUUGCAAUUUGCAGAAACGGUUUUUGACAGCCGCGCUAAACAAACUUGGGAAAGUCUAGGAAGGCGUGUAUUUGAUAUCUAUAUUCAAGGGAACCUCAUAAGGAAGGACUUCGACAUAUCGAAGGAGGCAGGUGGGGUUAACAGAGCAGUUAAGAGACCCUUCAAGGUUAAUGUGACAGAGAAUUACCUAGAUAUUCAUCUGUUCUGGGCUGGUAAGGGAACAUGUUGCAUACCUGAACAGGGUGAUUACGGCCCGCUAAUAUCGACUGUCCAUGCUGCUUCAGAUUUUACACCAACUGUUUCUGGGCUUCCACCAACUACUCCAGGAAAGAAUAGCAGGAAUGGGUUGAUAGUUGGUAUUGCAGUCCCUGUUGGGGUUGUGAGCUUGCUAUUAUUAUUUGCAGUUCUAUAUAUGAGGAGAAAAAAAUCAGAAAAAGAUGACGAUGAAGUUCUUCUAGGAUUAGGCCCCCGACCAAAUACUUUCAGUUAUGCUGAGUUGAGAGCUGCAACAGAAGAUUUUAAUCCUUCAAAUAAGCUAGGAGAGGGAGGAUAUGGACCUGUUUAUAAGGGUACACUAUCUGAUGGGAGGGUAGUGGCUGUGAAGCAACUUUCAGUAGCAUCUCACCAAGGGAAGAGUCAAUUUGUAACCGAGAUUGCUACAAUAUCUGCAGUCCAACAUCGCAAUCUAGUGAAAUUGUAUGGAUGCUGCAUCGAAGGAACCCAGCGCAUUUUGGUUUAUGAGUAUCUUGAAAACAAGAGCCUUGAUCAGGCACUUUUUGGAAGAAAUGACUUGCACCUUGACUGGCCUACCCGCUUCAAUAUAUUGUUGGGAACAGCAAGAGGACUUGCUUACCUUCAUGAGGAGUCAAGGCCCAGGAUUGUACAUCGAGAUGUCAAAGCCAGUAAUAUUUUGCUCGAUGCAGAACUCUCCCCAAAAAUAUCAGAUUUUGGAUUGGCAAAGCUUUAUGAUGACGAAAAAACCCACAUUAGCACCCGGGUUGCAGGGACAAUAGGUUAUUUGGCGCCGGAGUAUGCAAUGCGCGGACAUCUGACAGAAAAGGCUGAUGUAUUUGGUUUCGGGGUUGUUGCUUUGGAGAUCCUCAGCGGGAGGCCAAACUCAGACAACAACUUGGAUCGUGAAAAGAUUUAUCUUCUUGAAUGGGCAUGGACUCUACAUGAAAACGACCAGAGUUUGGGGCUGGUGGAUCCGAGAUUGACAGAGUUUGAUGAAAAGGAAGCAACUAGAUUGAUAAAAACAGCUCUCCUCUGCACUCAGGCAUCACCAAUGAUGAGGCCAUCAAUGUCACGCGUAGUGGCAAUGCUCUCAGGAGAUAUUGAAGCAAGCACUGUUAUUUCAAAGCCAAGUUAUUUGACAGAUUGGGAUUUCAGAGAUGUAACCACAAGUAGCUUUUUGAUGGAUAAUGAUACCCCAUCAACUGAGAGCAAUGUUCUUCUCAACUGUCAGCCUGAAGGGAGCACAACUGGUGCUAGCCCUGGGAUUGACCUUUCGCCGUCUCCGGUAAAUGUCACUGAACCAAUGCUCACUGGCAUUAUAGGAGAAGGCAGGUGA